UAAAAAGAGAUAGCACGAAAAUAAAACAAACUUCAGACGAAUAUAUCAUAAAUCUAAAAAUAAUUUUUGAUUGUAAAUUUUACGUUUCCAAGAAAAAUCUUGAGUAAACGAAAAAAAUGACUGAGGAAAAUACAAGUAUUAAAAAACCUGCCGUGGAUCCUGGUUGGAACGAUCCACCAAUGUUAUCAACACCAACUGUUCAGCCUGCGACAAAACGUAACAUCCUUAACAAGAGGGUUGCAUUCCCCUUAUUUAAUGGCAGCGGAUCACCAACAACAACAGAUGGAACUAGUAUUAGUUUAAAUUCAACGCCAACGCCACCUAGACCAUCACCUCCUCAACCUCUGCCGAAUAGUGCAAAUUCGCCGGCACCACCAUUGAAUCCACCAUCCUUACCCCCUCAAUAAAAUGACUUUUAUCUUUUAAAUAUAAAUAAAGCACAAAUGUGAUUAAUGGCGUAUGAUUUGUUUUAAGAUUAGGUUCAUAGCGGUUUAAAUACAUUCAAAAUCGAUUAUAACGACAUUCAAGCGAUUCCGAUAUAAUCGAAUUUUGACUGGAACAUGUGAAAAUUUAUAAAGGUUAUAUUUUCGUUGUUAUUCUUGAAUAUUCUUUCAGGGUGGUCGCCUUUUAUACCACAAAUUUCAUCUCUUGUGAUAAGAGAAAAUCUCACGCUAUUGAAAACAUAAUGUAUCUACAGAGGUAGCCGAAGUAUAACGAAGACCACCGAAUUGCGGUUUUUUUUACCGACUUUACUGAAGCGGUGGCCAAAACUCUCUACCUUGUUUCGUAAUAACAUCGAAAAUUGAAAACUCUUUACAACAAAACAAAAUUUAAACAA